GGCUUUUCAUUUGAAGUAACGAUAUUCUCAGUCCAAGGUUACAGCGAUAAAAUAAUACAUAUCCUUGCUAUCAGAAAGGUUUUAGCAAUCGCAAUUUCCUGCACGCGGAGAUAAUAGAAGAUUGCUUAUGACCGCGUUGAACAACAGCAAUUAACGCUUUACAAGGAGUAAUUUUGCCGGACUCUCAUAGUUCUGAAACGUAACCGAACCUCGGCGGUGGUACGCAACAAAUCCGCGAAUGUUAUUCACGGAUGGAAUGAGUAUAGUAAAAAAAAUUUUUAAUGAGACUGCGAUCCAGAAUUCACUGUCGCUGGAAAUGAGUUUUGAAACUUAUCUUAUCUUCGUUUUCACAUUUUCGUUAAUUGUCAACACCGGGGAACGUAGCUGCGGACGUUCCACGUCCGCGGAAAAACAUUCCGACGGCUCGAACGAAUCCGAAGAAAAAUAUUUCGACGACUCCGACGAACGCGAAGCGGAAUGUCCCAACCACUCCGAUCGGUCGGAAACACCUCGGCAUGAGAAAUGCAAAAGGACCGACGACCAAUGUGGGCUAAAUACGUGCAUUCAAUUUUGCUGCCCUGAGGGAAAUGCGUGGGAUAAGGGCGCCUUCUGUUCGUCGGACAAAUCGAUCCUAGAUAAUGAUAAGUUUCUCGUAUCGCUCGCCGAGAAGCUGAACGACGACGGAGACGAGCCGAAGGACGCGGAUAAUGACACCGUCGUCGGGGUGGACGAUUUAUUUUUCGUCACUUACGAUCCCUGCUCCGUCAACUGGAUGGUGUCAGGAAUUCUGAACGAUUAUAAAUUAUACGCCAACGGUUCCAUUUACGACAGACACCGCGAAAACGAAUUAACUUUCGACGGUUAUUGUCUGUUCUACGAAUCGGGAUCGAAAUCGUAUUCCGCAAAAAUUUGCAAUCGGGCAGAGAGCAACGAGGACUGGGACGCCUUUUUCGCCGUAUUUGCCAUCCUGGCAAUUCUCGCUUUGAUUUUGAGCUACCCGAGUUUUUCCAAAGUCGGAGUUACCCACCGGCAGAUAUUCCAUUCUUACUCGAUCACCUUUCUUCUACUAUACGCAGCCGGAUUGGGACGAGAAUUCACCCCGGAGGAUAGACAAAACGCUUAUUUAUUUACCAUUUACGAUAUUCUCACGGUCUACGGUUACACGUCCUGUAGUCUCUGGCUCAACGUGAUGGGCUUCGCUAUUUGGCGAUCGCUUCGGGCCUCUCGUCUCGACAAUAAUCGUGCCGGUGGAGCGAGGAGAUAUUUGUGGCAUGCGUUUUACGCUUGGACCGUCCCCGCGAUUCUUGUAGCCUGUUGCGAAAUUAGCUUGGACCACUUGUCGUAUUUUCGCAACGACAAGUUCGCCUGGAACUUCAGAACGUGGUGUUACUUCGCAUUUGUUACGGUAGUAUUCCUUGUAAACGCUGUCUUAUCGGUAUUGACGACCGCUAAAUUCGUUAAGUAUAAAAAACGAAUCGCGAAUUUACCGCCAGGAGCAGAGCGCGAAAACGAUGAGAGGGACAAACCGUGGUUCACCUUGUGCAUAAAAAUGUACACAAUAAUGACCGGUGAUUUGAUGAUCUACGUAUCGACGGAAGCUUUAUAUUUAUUAUCCUCUGAUGAUGUGGAGGUCCGCGAAUACGCCUCGCAACACACGUCGGAAGCAAUUAUGCUAUUUACUUUCUUAGUUUGGAAGCAAAACUUAACGAGCAGAUUAAAAAGACUUUGCUGCCGCAGAGAAAGAAAAUCGAACGAAAAUCCAGCCCACGAUAAUGCGGCAUAGCCAAUUCAGGAUUAUAUUAAAUUUAUAUCGA